AUGAGUUCCCCAUAUGUUACAGAAUUGUUUGAAUACUUCAAAACCAUAAAGCAUUUGAGUGCUGGGAAGCAACCUGCACAAGUAGCAAAGGCUGGUGGGAAGAGGCAACGGGUUGAUUCCACCGCAGCAGCUGGCAACUCCUUCAAUGCUGAUACGCAGUAUUCCUUUCCAGAUCUACAAAGAGAGGUGCAAGGUGCCGAAGAACUAUUCACAGAGAUUGAUAAUGAAGUGCAUGAAGUAGUUGACAUGUACAAUGACAUGGGAACAAAGGUGGGAACAAUUCUUGGGUUGUUCGAUAGGUUGAGACCCAAAUUCAAGAAGAUGAAAGGUCUGGCAUGUGUUGGUCAUUCAGGUGUGCCUUCUGUAGCAGCAGUCACACAUCUUGUUGCUACGGAACCCAUCUCCACAAGGGACGAUGAAGGUGCAGAUGAUACUGCUGCAAACAAUGCGAUCGUCGAUGAAACAAAGGCUGUGAGUGCUACCCAAGUUCAGUCCGAUGGCAACUGUUUUUCUGAUGAAGUGAUGAGCCUACACGAAAUUCCCAGGAGUGCCAGUGAUCCAGUAUAUGAACUGGCUGAUGUUAAAGAAGUGUGCGGGUUCUUCGUGGGGGGGUUCCACUGAUUCUUUUUGCAGAGUCUGUGGUGGAGUCAUUUUUCUGGGAACUUCAUCUGUUGUGUCAAUUAGUUUCCUUGUGUUCUGUACCAAAUUUUCAUAGUCAGAACAUCAUUUGUUAUCAUUUGAUGAAUUAGUACUACCACCUCUCUCCUAUCUGUUGUUUAAUAUGUUGCCUAGUAUUAUCUGGAGGUACAUGAUG